UGUCAAGGUAACAGGGGUGCCCCGCCCCCUCCAUGACUAACACCCGGUGGUUGGGCAGCUGCUUCAGGUGCUCAAAGCUGGUCUGACCCAUGGGGUCCUGGUCUCCAUAUACGAUAAGAACUGAGGUCUAGAGAAAGCAAAGGGAGGCAGAGUCAACAGGGACCUGCUCCACCAGCCCCAGCCUCCUAGAGAUCAAUUCCAGCCCUCCCCAUCACUUUGGUCUCUCCCUGGGGUCACUGCAAAUGACAGAGAGAGACAAGUUGGCCCAGUGCAGGGAUGGUUUGGAGAGGUAUGAAUUUGUGUAUGCCCCAGCACACAGUUUAGCACAGGGCUUGCCACAGUAAUCUUCUGCCUAGUACACCAAAAGGGCAGAGUUUGGUGGUUCAACUCCUCCCGGAAGCUACCCCUUUGGUUACCCAGUACCCAGGGAUGGACUGUUCCUUGCUCCUGGCAGGGACAUCUCAGCUUCCCACAUAAGGGUACCUUCACUCUGGCAUAGUCGGCAGCAUUGAUUUUGUCAGUGCAGAUGGGGGCCACUGGCACAUAGCCCCGGAUCUGGGAGCCUGGGGCCACGAGGAAGGGCAGGGAGUACAUGCCACUCAACGAUGGGCUGAUCACGACUGGGGGGCCCAUAUCCAAGGCAUCCACCACAGUUGCCAGAAAGCUGCUGGGGACCAGCUCCCCAACAGGGGCAGGGGCUGUUGCUUCCUUGGAUCGCCCCAGACCUGCAGGGAUUCAGGUGUGGGAGAGACAAAGGUGGUGAGUAGGAAAACAGGGGAGAGAGGGUCCCUUCCUCCAGGAAGCCCUCCUAGGUCAACCUCUGUGCCAGGUUCCUGCAACAGGCAGUGUUGCAUGCUGUAGUUAUUCCUACAGCAACCUAGGUCUGUCAUAUCUGUAGCAAGCAUAAGGCAUUUCCUUCCAUGUUUGUGCCCAUCUCCCCCAGUACAGCGUCCUCAAAGAAUCAGGCUCUGAAGCCCAGCUUGGCCAGAUCCAAGUCCCAAUUGUCCACUAUAGAUUAUGUUAGCUUGGGAAAGUCCCCUCAGCCCUCACUCUACUGUUCAGUUUCCCCAUCUGUUAAAAGGAGGUAACAAAAGUGUUUGCCAUUUGAGAUUGUUGUGAAAAUUGAUUUAACUGCUUCAAGGCACCUGUCCCAGGGCUGGCAGGGUAGAUGCCUCCAGGACAGUGGAUGAGAGACUGGCUCUGCACACAUCCCUCCCCUCCAAUUAGUCAGUCCCUACCUUCUGCAGGAUUAGUUCAAGGCCUUGGCCUUGAAGCUCAGCCCAAUCCACUGUCAGAACCAAUCCUGUCCCAGCCUGGAGGCCCGCCCUUGGGCACUGAGACCAUACCAGCCAUGGCCAGUGAGGGGAGCAGGUUGGCCAUGCUGCCACCUUCACACUUGGCACCAUGGGCUGGGGCCCGCCAGUUGAGGUUAUGACUGGCAGUCUUGUGCUGCUCCUCCCUCCCUCAGGACCUAAAUUAGGGCUUUGUAUGUGGGAUCAUGACUGGGGGCUUAGCCACCCCCAAAGGUGCCAGGGGACUCAGUGUCACUCCUCAGGGCUUCCAACAGAGCCUGUGGUUUCGGCUCUUUCAAAAUAUUUUACUUCCAAUCGACUGAGCACCGAUUAUUAUGUGUUAGGUACUGGCCACAUACUCACAUGGAUAAUCUCAUUCCAUUCUCAUUAGAGCCAAACCCCAGAAUGAGUGUGGUUAUCUCCCAUUACAGAUGAGGAAACAGAAGCAGAGACACUGAGACAUUGCCCCGGGCAACACAGUUAGAAGCAGCUGGGCAGUGUCCAGACCACACCCGGCUGGACUAGAGAAGCUCAAAGGCCCUUGUAGUGUGCACUGCGCCCUGUCUAGCUCAGGAGUCAGCCUGGCUAGGUCCUCCCAGUCCCCCAGCCCCCAACCCUGGGUCCCCAGUGAGGCUCCCACAACCCCUGUCCAGAAGCCUUCCCUGGAGUUACCUGGCAGGUCAAUGGCCACAGCCCAGUAGCCAGCCUGGGCCAGCCUGUGCAGCGUGCCCAGGUUCUGCCAGGUCUCGGAGGAGAAGCGUAUGCCAUGCAACAGCAGCACGGAGAAGCGGGUGGCCUGCCCACUGCCCGGGUGAGCCUCUCGGAAAAAGAGGCUCUGGCCCUGCACCUGGAUGGUGCCCUCGUGCUGCUCCACGCCCGCCAUACCUCCUGCUGUGCUGGUGAAGCACCUGUGGUUCAAGGCCAGGCUGAUGAGAAGCCACAGAACACCUUGCCCAGGUGGAGCAGGGAGGCUGCCACAGACAGGGCAGGGGUCCCUCCUGGAGCAUCAAGGAGGCUCCCAAAACUCUAGGAACAUGCUUUGGGGUGAGGAAGACAUAGGUGUUAUUUCUGCAUCUGCCACUACCUAAUUGCCUUGGUUUCCUCAUCUGAAAUAUGGGACAUUAAAGCCUAUCUCAAGAAUUUAUGAGUUAAAAAAAAAAAAGAAUUGAUAAUUGAUGGUGCCUGCCUUUGGAAAGAACUUAAUACAUGGGUCUGCCAUUACAAUUAUUGUUCCCAUUGUUAUUAUCCUUUUCUACGAAUGGGGAUAAUACAGUAGUACUAGCUCCUAGGUGGUUGAUAGGAUUAAACGAGGCCAGGCAUGUAAAACACUCGCCAGUGCCUAGCACAUAGUAAGCAUAGUAAAUGGAUCAACAGCAAUCAACAGUAAGUAGCUGACUCUUUUGCUUUUCAACAUUUUCCUCUUCCAGGCACUGUUAUAGGUCGUAGGUUGGCAUCACAGGCCGAAGAGGAUAGGGGUUAGAGUAAAAAAAUCUGUUUUCCGGAGCCGGAAACCGGAGCGCUGAGCAGGGAAAGGCUUUGAAGUUCCGGCCGGCGAGGGAAGCGAGGUGCUCAGCGCGCUGCCCGCUGGGGCCCAACGCACUGACGCCGCGGCCAGGGGCGCGGUCACCGGCGCCGCCACCGCUCGCUGUGUCCCCUCCGAGGACCUCGGUUGUGGAUCGCAGGAACAAAAACAAUCCGGAAAAUCUGAACGGGGGGACGGGGGCGCCGAGCCUCUGUGCUUUGGGGUGCCGCCCCCAGUGCCCCCUCCAGUUCGGCUACUAGGCGUGGACCCGAGACCGCGGACUGCGCAGGCGCGCGGAGGCUCGCAGCCGCCCGCAGAGAGGCGGAGGCUGGGGUAGCGCCAACGUCUAAGGGCUGUUUGGCGCUGGUUGCACCUGAGCGGAGCCCGCCCCACGGUGGCAGACCCGGUCAUCCCUGUCGGCCCGGAGAGGUGCCCCAGGGCACCAGGCCCACCAGAGGAGAGGUUCAGCGCGGAUGCUCUGCCUGGUGGGAACCUAGGCUGCCUCGCGUUGCAGGCUUGCGUCCGAGGCUGGUCGUGGUCAGAAAGAAGAGAGGAGCGUGCUUUUCCUCCACUCAGCAUCUGGUCCUCCAUCAGCCCCAGAGGGGCUGCCACUGCCCAGUCACCACCUGACCCUUGAGCCUGGGGGUGGGGGCUUGGGAAACAAGCCUUCUCGUUCUGGGAGGGGUGGGGGGAUCCGAGGUGAUUCCCCAGCCCUGAACUCCAGCCAGCGCCCAGCCGACACUCAAUAAAGACCUGUUUACUGGAAUCUGGGAACAAGGCAGGCCUGCUCACCCUAGACCCAAGAAAUGAUAAGACAGCUCCUGGUCAGGUCCACUGUAUUACCGAAAUCUCACAGGAGUCUUGGGAGGGCAGCUGCCAGGUUAUCCUCCCCAUUUUACUGACAAGGCACACAGCCAGGAAUUGGUAGAGCAGAGUCUCAAAGGCAGGGCUAACUGCUCUGUCUGGGUCCUGGAUACUGAGGUCUGUUUUCUGGGCUGGCAAAGGACUCAGACUAGAGCAGUCCAUGAAGCAGGUCAUUUGGCGUGAAGCUGGGGGGUGGGAGGCAUUUGUCUCUCCAGCCUCCAUGGCUCCCUUUCCACUUCUAGAUGUGCCAUGCUUCUCCCUAGCCGCAUACCCCCUCGUGCCUAGGCAUUUCCUCCAUAAACGAUAGUCUCCAUGAGCUCUCUUCCCACUUAAUAUCAGCUGGGGUAGAGCAUUAAAUAUUCCCAUCAGUGGUAAAACAUUCUGAUUUUAGCAUUAUUAUAUGCAGUGUGAUAAAAAGAACCAUUUCAAAACAUGCCCUCAGUGGGACAUCGCUUUACUCUUUGAUGUCUUUCACCUUUGAUGACUCUCAGCACUCUGUCCACGAGUUCAUCCGUCACCUCACAGCCUUGGUUUCCUCCUUGGCAAACUGAGUGUGGCCUGGUGGUUAGGAGCCCAGCCCUGGGCUCAAGUCCCAGUUCCCCUGCUUGCUACUCUGCGCUUUGGGUAAGAGAAUUUACCUCUCUGAGCUUCAGUUUCCUCAUCUAUAAGAGACCUAUAAUACCUGCUCCCUAGUGUUUUUGUGUGGGUUCAUGAGUUGUUACAGGUGAAGGGCCAAGCACAGGGCCUGGCUAUCAUAAGCACUUGAUGAAUGGAAGUGGUUUUAGCUGGCACAAGGAUGAUGGUGGCCACUGAUGCCAAGAGGACAUCUCAGAUGCUCCUCACGCUUUAGGGUAUCUGAGCCCUUGCCCUGGCAUGUGGAGUAGUUGGGUGUGAACCCUCAGAUCCUUGCCUGGAGCAGAGGAGAGGGCAAGGGCUGAGCUUUUCCUCUGCUGGGCACUCCUGGGUGGGAUUUGAGAAUGGGGUCCAGGGGACCUUGCAGGGGCUCAGCCCUACCCUCUUCUCCCUCUCCUCUCCUCCUCCAGACUGUGGUACAGACCUCCAUGACCCGGUCCCAGGUCACCCUGCUGGGCCUGGGCCUGCUGUUCUUGCUGCUACUGUAUGUGGGGCUGCCAGGACCCCCUGAGCAGACCUCCUGGCUCUGGGGAGACCCCAAUGUCACAAUCCUGGCUGGUCUCACCCCUGGCAGCUCCCCCAUUUUUUACCGCGAGGUGCUCCCACUUCACCAGGCCCGCAGGGUGGAUGUGGUGCUGCUCCACGGAAAGGCCUUUAACUCCCGGACAUGGGAGCAGCUGGGCACACUGCAGCUGCUGGCACAGAGGGGCUACCGGGCCGUGGCCCUUGACCUCCCAGGUUUUGGGAACUCGGCACCUUCGAAGGAGGCAAGCACAGAGGCAGGGCGGGCACAGCUGUUGGAGCGAGUGCUGCAGGACCUAGAGGUGCAGAAUGUCGUGCUGGUGAGCCCUUCACUGAGUGGCUGCUAUGCCCUGCCCUUCCUGAUGCAAGGCCACCACCAGCUGCAUGGAUUCGUGCCCAUUGCACCUGCGUCCACCCAGAACUACACCCAAGAACAAUUCCAGGCCGUGAAGACCCCGACUCUCAUCCUGUAUGGGGAGCUGGACCGCGUCCUGGCUUGGGAGUCACUGCGGCAGCUCCGCCACCUGCCUAACCACUCUGUGGUGAAGCUGCGCGAUGCAGGCCAUGCCUGCUACCUCCACAAACCACAAGACUUCCACCUCGUCCUUCUUGCCUUCCUUGACCAUCUGCCUUGAGCUCACCCACUGUCCAGGCCCCAGGCCUGGCCUGAGCUUGGAGGAUCUGGACCAGUCUCCACCAGGGAGGCAGCCCCUGGGGUUGGAGGGUAGAGACCAGAGGGCCAGGCCCAGUCAGGACCUCUCAUUUCAUUUCAGAGGCACAAUAAAAGAAAGCAUUUUUGUUAUGCCUAGG